UCUCUCUCUCUUAUUCUUCUUUCGCUUUCACUUUCUUAUGAUCUUAUUCUUAAUUCUAUUCUUAAUCGAAAUUAUAUUAUUAAUUACUCGCUAAUCAAUUCAGUUAUUUGGUUCCUUUUGUAGUCGUUGUUGUUGCUGUUGUAGGUAAAAGGAGGUAGCUGCAGGUAGGGUUCAUCACCGGCAAUGCCGCAAGAUUCCUCCGAUCAAGACCUCGACGACGCCGAUUCCGAGUUCGUUGAGGUUGACCCAACCGGUCGCUAUGGUCGGUACAAGGAAGUUUUAGGGAAGGGAGCUUUCAAGAAAGUAUAUCGAGCAUUUGAUGAGUUGGAAGGAAUUGAAGUAGCUUGGAAUCAGAUUAAGGUGGCGGAUCUGCUGCGUAACUCGGAAGAUUUGGAGAGACUUUAUUCUGAGGUCCAUCUGCUCAAGACGUUGAAGCACAAGAAUAUAAUUAAGUUCUACAAUUCGUGGGUUGACACCAAGAAUGAGAACAUCAACUUCAUUACCGAGAUUUUCACCUCGGGGACAUUACGCCAAUAUCGUAAGAAACACAAGCAUGUUGAUUUGAGAGCUUUGAAGAAAUGGUCUAAGCAGAUUUUGGAGGGCCUUUUAUAUCUUCACAGUCAUAAUCCUCCAGUUAUACAUCGAGACCUUAAGUGUGACAACAUUUUUGUCAACGGGAAUCAAGGGGAGGUAAAAAUUGGAGAUUUAGGGUUGGCAGCUAUUCUUCAACAGGCCCAAGCAGCUCACAGUGUCAUAGGUACCCCGGAGUUCAUGGCCCCAGAACUUUAUGAAGAAGAGUACAACGAGCUUGUUGAUAUCUACGCUUUUGGAAUGUGCUUGCUAGAGUUGGUAACCUUUGAGUAUCCAUACGUUGAAUGUUCCAAUGCUGCUCAAAUAUACAAGAAAGUGACAUCGGGAAUAAAGCCAGCAUCAUUGGCAAAAGUGGCAGAUCAAGAAGUUAAGGCAUUCAUUGAAAAGUGUAUCGCUAAUGUUUCAGAACGGUUGCCUGCAAAGGCUCUCUUGAUGGAUCCCUUCCUUCAGUCUGACUCUGAUAGUGAAAGUGUAGGUCGUUCUUCAAGGUCUGGAACCCAUCAUUCAGAUGCAGGAAAUAGUUCUAAUAAUCAAGCAAUUGGAAAAAGUGUUCAGGAUGUUUCUGGUGAUUCAAAUAGGGAAUUCACAGUGGAAGGUCAGAGGAAAGAUAUUGAUACAAUAUUUUUAAAACUGCGAAUAGCAGACUCCUCAGGUCAUGUUCGGAAUAUCCACUUCCCUUUCGAUAUUGGAGCGGACACUGCAAUCUCUGUUGCUAGUGAAAUGGUCGAGGAGUUGGAACUUACUGAUCAAGAUGUCACAACUAUUGCUGAGACAAUUGACUCUGAAAUUCGAUCUCUCAUUCCUGGUUGGAACCCCAGUGAAACUCCUGCUACUAAUGUUCCUGAAGAUUCAGCAGUUUCAGAUGGCUGUACCUCUGCUGAAACUAGGAGUGUGUCUUCUCCUACAGAAAAUGAUUCAACCACUCCUUCUAGCAACCUUGCAUUAGAAAUACUACGUUCAGGUCGUAAGUACUGGUCAGACUCACCUAAGGGAGUUUGUGGAAACCCUUUAUCUAGGCAUGGUUCUUCAAACUUGUCCCAUGUAGGUGAUGCAAAUGCUGAGAAAGGAAGCUUGACUGCAAAUGGUGCUAUUUCAGAUGAACUUGAGCCUGACCAGGUUACCUGUGUCGGUGCUUACUGUGCAGAGAAGGAAUGUGAUAGUACUGGUGAUUCCCCCUCCACCGAGAGAACUAUUACCUCUGGAUAUUUGGAAGAGACCAGUGAAGCAUCAUCUCUGGAAAAAAUACCUGAAAGUUUGGAAGUUUCUGAAAUAGAUGCCAGUAAAAUAGCACUGCAACUUGAGAGUUUGUUGACAAAUCAAAAAGAGGAGCUGGAAGAACUAAAGAGGAAGCAAAAAUUAGCUGUCUCUAAUCUUUUGAAGGAACUUUCACCAGAAAUUUGUAAGAAGGUCCUAAAUAUAUGCAACCUGCAGAUGCUUGAAUAUGAAAAUUUAUAGGGUGAGGCUUGAGAGAUCCUUUCUUCUUCUAAAUGCCCUUUUGUGAGGUUUAUAUGGUACUGCAGGGCACUUCAUGUUACUUCGAACUGGAUUGCAUAGUGCUUACUCUUUUGAAGUUCAUGGUUCAUCCUUAAAAAAAGCUUAAUUUUCUGACGGCGCAAGUGUUCCAUAUGAUCUCAAAGGAAAAUGCAGUACAGCACAGCCAACAAUGAGAGUCAAUGUUCUAGAAGAGAUUCAUUCAUUCCUGGGAAGGCGUAAUAUCUUCAGCAUGAAGAACACAAAUGUUAUUGCUGCAUUUACCCAAGAAACAUGUGGUUGAGGUGAGAAUUUACCCUCCUAGGUUAUAACAUUGGAUAGUAUCUUUUCUUCCAAGGGCAUCUGUAUAUAGUCUCUGAUUCAUGUCAUUAAACUAUAGAAAGUGUAUACUUGUACAUAUUACUUGCUCUCGUUUCAAGUUACAUCGAGGUUUGAUUGAUUGGUGUUUUUGAUACCAUACCUGCAUUAAUAAAUUGGAGCGAGUUAUUUUUUAUUAUA